CCUGAAUCUGAGGUAGAGCAUGGAGAGAAGUUGGGGCGGCAGUCGAAUGGGGUGGCCGAGAGGAGCCGGCCGCUGGAGUCGGCUGUCCUAGCGCUCAUCUCCGCGGGGGUGAGUGAGCAGCUGCCUGAAUGCGAGGAAGGAGGCUCCCCUUUUCACUUUAUUGGAGGCCUGUGGACUCUUCUUGGCUGCCUGUAGUGGAUGAACAGAAGAUCACCUGAAGAGGCUCUACUGUGACCAUCAUGGCCAUAGUGCAGAACUUGCCUGUCUCCAUUGAAUGUGUCUCUGAAGGGGCUUCCCAGCUCCGUACUGGUGCCGGCUCAUCCCCUGCAGACAUGGGAAGUGUCAGCAGCCUUAUUUCAGGCCGGCCUUGCCAUAAGGCCACAGCUGAGUUUGGUGCUUUCCCCCUGCGUGGAAGUGCUGGCUCCCAAGAGCUUCUGUGUCACGGGCUGCCUACGAAGAAGAGCAGCUAUGCGUACGGUAGCGAAGAGGACUGGGCGGAAGCCGUAUCCCCUGUCAGCCCCUGUAGUGAUGCAGAAGAUCUGCAGGAUGACAAGCCACGGGGUGGCACCAUCCGUGGACCACCUCCCAAGUUGGUUCCUGUUUCAGGGAAGCUUGAGAAGAACAUGGAGAAGACGCUAAUUCGCCCUACAGCCUUCAAGCCAGUUAUGCCAAAGAACCGCAACGUCCCACUGCAGGGCCACUUGGCGCUGCGUCCUGGGACCUCGGUGCUCUCUGAGAGCCAGUCCAGCCUAGCCCAGCUCUUUGGUUCCAAUACUGUAAGUACUACAGAGAAGCUCAGUUCUUUGAGCUGCCGUACUAGCUCCCACUCUGGAACAAUGUCAGACUCUGGACGCAAUUCCCUCUCCAGCCUACCCACAUAUAGUACUGGGUGCAGCCAGCAAAUAGAGCCGGUCAGCAUCUCCAUGGGCCAUGCUAAUCUUGACAGCCAUGCCAGCAGCAGUUCACGAGGUCUUACUGGCCCGUCAAACUCAGACAGUGGGCGGUCAUCCUCGAGCAAGAGCACGGGUUCCCUGAGUGGCCGUGGGCAUCCUUCCUCUGACAGUGGUUCCUGUGGAGGACGCUCCCCUACGCAUAGUGGCACUGAUGAAGCCCUUCUUGUCCACGAACUUGAAGAGAAGCUGAAGGAGCGUGAAGCUGAGCUGCAGCAUUUAAGAGAGAGUCUGGAUGAGAAUGAGGUGGCCAUAUGCCAGGUAUAUGAGGAGAAGCAGAGGCGCUGUGAAGAGGAGAUGGAAGAGCUCCGGCAGGGCUUCAGUGCUAAGCUGCAGCAAUCAGCCCAAAAGGCUCAGCGUAGUCAGCAGGUGCUGCAACUCCAGAUUUACCAGCUGCAGCAGGAGAAGAAGAAACUCCAGGAGGAUUUUGUGCAACUGCUGGCAGAGCGCGAGCUGCUGGAGCAACGCUGUGCCUCCUUUGAGCGGGAGCACACCGAGCUGGGGCCCCGGUUGGAAGAGACCAAGUGGGAGGUUUGCCAGAAGUCAGGUGAGAUCUCAUUACUGAAACAACAGCUGAAGGAGUCCCAGGCAGAGGUCGUGCAGCGGGGUAAUGAGCUAGUGUUACUAAGGGCCCAACUGAGAGAAGCACGGGCUGAACUGCAUACGAGCGAAGAACAGGCCUUGAGUUUGCAGGAGGUGGCCCGUACCAAGGCAAUGGAGCUAGAGGUCUGUGCCAAUGAGUUGGCCAGGCGCAAGAGUGAAGCAGAGCUGCUGCGUGAGAAGGUGGGGCGGUUGGAGCACGAAUUAGAUGCCUUGCGCACCACUAGUGGAGAACUCUGUCCCCUGUUGGCUGAAUGUGAUGAGGUAAAAGCCCAGCGACAAGCAGCAGACACCCUGCAGGGCUUGCGUGCCCAAGCUGAACGGCUGCGCACAGAGCUACUGUGUGAGCGACACCGCGGGGAGGAGCAACGGGAAGCUUUCCAGGCUGAGCGUAUCACUUGGCAAGAUGAGAAGGACAGGGUCAUCCGCUACCAGAAGCAACUGCAGCAUAAUUACAUCCAGAUGUAUCAGCACAAUCGUGAUUUAGAGUGCCAGCUGCGCCAUCUCAGUCUUGAACUUGAGGCCCGGGACAUGGAUGAAUAUGAGCUGCAUGGAAGUGAAGGCAUCUGCCUGGAGGAGAUUGCAGCUACUGAGAUCUGAACGUGCCCAUGGAAGCUGUAGUGAAGGGGCCACACUGCCACAAAGAGAUACUGGCCAGGUUGGAACAUGUUUCCCUGGGAUUUCGUCUGACUGAGUAGCUGGGAAUGCAGUGAGCCUGGGUUCAGUAGUGGAAAGAGCUACCUUCUGUAAGGCACAGUGAUAAAUCCCAGUGAUAGAACUUGUUCCAUCACUUAAACCUGGUCAUGAACUCUCAGUAAGUCAACAGUUUUAAUGGCUAUUGAAAGUAGUGUGUGAAACCAGGCAGCUGGCCUUGCCUCUAGGGGGUAUAGAACCUGGUUAAAGAUUUCCACCAUUAAUUUCCAGGCCAACCUGGAGAAGGAGGGUCCACUCUCUCAAAACCUUUUAUUUGAAAGCAGCAGCAGCUUUUAUUCUAGUAUUUCACUGGAAGUGAAGCAGGAACAGCUUUUGCUUUGGGAAGAGGCUGUUGGAUGCUGUUGCCUUUCAAGCCCCAAUGCUAAUUGGCCUUCCACAAGACCCUAGGAAUCGUCACUUGCCUCCUCCUCUUUGGGCUGGUUGGAGAUUAGAGUGGCGUGGAUGGAAUUGCCAGGAUUGUGUAGAGCAGUUUUGCUUCUACUCUCCUCCUCUGUUACCUUUAUGAAAUGACCCAACAGGUUCUCAUUUGCUAGAAAUUAGGGAGAUUUGGCUGUUCAACAGCUAAUUAGCUGCUAAUCCAGUUAGAUGCCUGUUUUAGGCUGGCUGAAGAAGCUCUGUCUAUGGAAGGCUUUUCGUGGACUUUUAGCUCAGUUGUAUGCGAAGUACAUCUUUUUUGAAACCCAAACACAUAAGCACAUACAGUCAAAACCUGUACUAUAGAAAACUGACCCUGAUAGCUAUGCAGAUGAAAUACAUUUGCAUUUCUUUCCUUUUUGCACAUCCUUCCAGUAGUUAUGAAGGGUAAGGACCUUUGUAGGCAAUUCUUCGGCCUAUAGAUGAUGUGGGCCAAAGAAUUGGAGAUUUGGACAUUAGUCCAAGCUUAUUUCUUUUUAUAGGACAAAAAUAUUAUUGAAUUGUACUAAGUUCAAAGCUGAUUCUCAGGAUUCUGAAUCAUGCCUCCAAACUCCGUGCUUUUUAAAAGGGUUAAAGGAAUUGCAGAAUACUUGCAGUUCUUUAGCUUCAUUCACCCAAAGCUUUGUGGGAAGACCCUGUGCUAGGUUUUUUAUGGGAAAGCAUGGUGUCUCCUGUGCUAUGGAAACAGAGACCUAAUCUCUCCCCCCCCCACACCCAUAUUGCUGCAUCCAUAUUAUAGACUUACCUGAGAGUAAGACUGUUCAACUCAGUGGGACUUGCUCCUGAGUAGGCAUGCAUAGGAGUGUAUUAUAAAAACCAAAGAUUCUUAAAACAGACUCAGGAUCUUUUUGGUUAUCCAAGAGCCUAUCUCUAGAUUAUAGCACCAAAAUUUGGCAGAAAAAAAUGUUGGAAUUCAGUAGCACAAUUUUUUUUUCACUUAAAAAUAAGUUAAAAUAAGAACAAAAGAGUUGUGGUAAGGCUCCAGUAAAUUUUGUACACUUAUUUUACUUUCUUUGUUUUUAAAAAUAUCCCUAGAAUAUCUCUUUCCAUUUUACUUUGUUUUUAAAAAGUCCCCAGAAUCUCUCAACCCCUCAUCCCAGCUCUGUACCAAAUAUUUUGGUUCCACUGCCCUGUUAAUAUUGCUGUGUCAUUACUACCAUCUCACUCCCCCUCCUCCCCAUUCUUGAAGGGUGAUUUUUUUUAAAAAAAGCCUAAGUGUAGCGCACCUAUUUGCUGUGAGGAGAUCUGGGAUGUCUUCACUUCCCCUUACUUGCCUUUUCUGCUCUUGGUUGGAACCCUACUCCAAGGGUCUUUCCCAUGGCCUUGCUUGCCUGGGUAUGUCUCUCACUACUCACCUUCAUCCAGCAUUUACUUGUUUGCCCAAAAACAUCCAUGUCCUGCAGGCUACAUACUUAUCUGAGGGUAAAAGGGGCUGAGUUUAAAUCUCCUGCAUUUCCCUCAUGAUAGUCUUGUUUCCUUGUACAGUAUCCUUUGUGGUUCCGAGAAGCUCAGUUUCCCAGGCAUCCAUGUUCCCUUCCCUGUCAUUUUUUACAAGAUCUGAUCUAGUCUGAACCAUGAUCAUUUUGGAGCCCGGCAAAAUGUUUGCAGUGCAGUCUGUCCUGUAGGGAUGCAAUGACUAAUUGUCUACCUUUCUAAUCUGCUCAAGACUAAUUGCAUACCAGAGUUACUCUGCUCUAUGCACUCCAUACAGCUUCCUCUCCUUAAAAGCUGUCCAUGCAUCUCUGCUUGAACAAGGUUUACUGACUGCAUUUGGAUCCAGUGAUACAUCAGUAGGUGCUCAGCCCAGCCUUACUGCUGAUUUCCUACCCUCAGAGGCCAGUGACAACUGCAAGGAGCUCCCUUCGAAGGAAAGAAGUUCUGUUUGCAGAGGGUAAUGUGAACCUGCACAGAUUUCUGUAAAGAGAGAUGUGAGGGCCACUAGAUUGUUAACUGGCCUCUUCUCUUUGUCUUCCAGUGUAUGCUCAGGAGAAAAAUGGUCAGUGAAACAGGGUAAGUCAGAAUUCUGGACUGCAGAAAAGCCAUUUCCAAAGGAACUGGGCUGACAAAAUAGCCAGUUAACUACAAGCUGAAGGGCUCUCUUUGCUGGAGAGGUGUGAUUCAUCUUUUCAGACUAAGUAAAUACACUUCCCUGUGGUUACAAGAGGCUGAAGAGAUUUGGAUCAGGUGAGGUUGAAUAAAGGGGCCUCAGAGCAGGAUUUGAGUUUUGGUUCCAAGCCAUGAGAAUCAGACCAGCCAGUGCAAGACUUGCCCACUAUGCCAAGAUGAUUAGAUGUUGUUAGCCUCUUUUGUCUGGCUAUAAAAAACCACCCAGAGUCCCUCUUUUGGGGGAGAUGGGUGGUAGCAAAAUUUGAAUAAAAAUAAAUAUAAAUAAAUAAAUUCAGCAGGGAAUGUGCUAUUGCGAGGAUGCAGCCAAAGUACAGCAUACUGUAGUUUUGUCAUCCUAUUUAGGCCAAUCUGGGAAGAGCUGCCGUAUUGCUAGAAUAGAGAUCAGCUGCUUUCUCCUAGCUUAGUCUGGCUUUUGCUUCUGGUCCUCUUGUUCUUCUGCAUGCAAAAAUGAACAGUCUGAAAAAUUUGGGAAGGGUAUAGCCCAGCCAGAGUUUGGGAUUGUUUGCAGGAGGAUGGUGGCAUUUAGCUGCACUUUGGAAAUUCUGUGCAUUCCAAGAGAAGAGGCAAUCUCCACUCACUUCUGGACCUUCUUCCCUAUUGCCCGUUGUUAGGAGAGCUUGCAGAAUGGGUGCAUUGGGACAAACAUCAUUAGACCAAAGGAAAAGCUUGGUGCAUGUCAUUUCUGUAAUAAUUAGCAACCUAUACCUCUUCCUUAACCCACUUUUAGCACCACUGUGUAUUUUUCUUUUACUUUAUUUCUGAAAUUGUAUAUUUUCCAGGCGGUGUAAAUUUCUUGUACAAACCAAAGGAAAAGUGUGAAAUAAAAAAGCUAAGAAAAUGUCU